UGUUUCGAAAGAUACUCAAAAUGGUAAUAGAAUUUUACUAUCACCCUCUAAGCCCACCAUCACAUGUAGUAUGGAUGUUACUAAAGGAACUCGACAUUCCACACAAGGCAAAUUUAGUUGAUCUUUUGACCGAGGACAAUAAAAAAGAAGCUUAUACAGCCAUAAACAAGUAUAAAGUUGUUCCUGCAAUAAUAGAUGGAGAUUUGACUUUAUCGGAGAGCCGUGCAAUUGCAAUAUAUCUUUGUGCCAAAUAUGAACCGAAAGACAAAGCGGAUAAACUAUAUCCUUGCUCAGGAGUGGCCGAGAUUGCAAAUUUCAACAGAUUAAUGUUCAGAGACAUCGACAACUAUCAGACUCUGUUAAAGUACUUGAAUGACGAUGAAAUAUGUGCUGGAACUGCCAGUGGCCCGAAAGAAAAUCUCUUGCCGAAAGCAACCGCAGUUCUGGAAGAAGUCGAAAAGCUGUUAUCAGGAAAGCAAUAUGUAUUCGGCAAUCAUCUUACACUUCUUGACUUUUUCGUUCGUACUACGGUGAGUUGCAUGGAUAUCAUAGAUACAGACUGGAAGAAAUAUCCGGCUAUUGCUAAAUGGAAAAGCAACCUGGUGAAAUUACCUUAUUUCGAAGAAUGUCACGCAAAGGGUGUAAAAGAGUUCGUAGAAUUGUACAAGGAAUAUUGUGCAAAAGCAGCCAGCAAUCUACAAAAAAAGUGAAAACGUCAACACAUUCUUUGCCAAUUAUGUCAAAUUUUCUGAAUAAUGAAAUAAUUGCAAACACUAUAUUAUCGUACAUUGAAAUAAAUUAAACUAUAUUGACAUUCAGUAAAAAUAUUUGUGUAUAUGGAGGCUAUCAUAUAUUUCAGUUGAGGUUUUGGCUGGUGUAAAUACGACAACACUAUGGUUAAGAAUUUUCCA